AUGGCGACUUUUAUGGAAAACUUGUUGAAAAAGGCACUUGACUUUCCCCGAGACGAAGUCCUUGGAAUUGAAAGAGCGCAUCGUGCCUUGGUGGCUAAACCUAACAACAACAGCCAAGCUAAACCCAGGUCCAUUGUGGUGAAAUUUGCCAGCUACCGCACCAAAGAAGAGAUCUUACGGAGAGCAUGGCAGAAGAAGGAAGUGUUUUGUGACGAUGAACGCUUCUUUGUGGAUCACGAUUUUCCCACAGAAGUGAUCAAGAGGCGUAACGAGUAUGGGGAGGCUAAAAAAGUGCUCAAGGAGAAUCGUAUCAAGUUUCAGACCCCAUAUCCAGCCAAGAUGCGUGUUUUCUUUAAUGAUGGGACCCGUCUCUACCAAAAUGCGACUGAGGCGACAAGAGAUCUGGCUUCGCGGGGGUUUGCAGUUGGCUUGGUCAAACCCACGGUCACCCCUGACCAACAAGAAAUCCAGCUUUUGUCCAACUGGAGAGCAGUGAGAGGAAGGCGCGCGGGGAGCGGAGGACAACAGGAUGCGGUGAGAGAUGACGCACAGCAGCUGGAGGAUCCGCGCGCACGCCUCAUGAAACAUCUCCAAAGCUUCCGAAGAAACACCGACACUGAGAACUGA